AUGGCCGCCACGCCAUUGCCAGCCGCCCUGAAGGUUGCGGACGAUAGCGAAACAAAGACGGCAUCCGAACAGGACAUCUUGGCCCAACACAUUGCAACGCCGAAUCUCGACAUCAGCUACUUCCAACUCUUUCGAUAUGCCACGAAGAUUGACAUUGUCAUCAUCGCUGUGUCGCUUCUCUGUGCAAUCAUUGCUGGCGCGAUCACGACAAUGCCGGCAUUGUUGAUUGGGCUGCUGAUUGGAAGUAUUCAAGACAACUGGUCCGGAGGAACAUCACAAAACGAAAGCAGCCGAGAACUCACUCGGUUCACCAUCUACUUUGUGUACCUUUUUGUCGGGGAGCUGGUAACAUGCUACAUUGCGACCAUCGGAUUUAUUCGUACGGGCAUUGUCUUGUCAAGUCGAAUUCGGGAGCAGUAUCUGCGUGCUCUACUACGUCAAAACAUUGCCUUCUUCGACAAUAUUGGAGCAGGAGAAAUCGCAACACACAUUACCGCUGAUGCCAACUUGAUUCGGGAUGGUAUCUCAGAAAAAGUCAAUAUUGCAGUGCAGUGUACAUCGUCCAUUGUCACUGCUUUCGUUAUCAGCUUUAUCAAGGACUGGAAACUUUCCCUCAUCCUGGUUUCUAGUCCCUUGUGCAUCUGCAUCAUCCUCGCUCUAAGCGGUUUGGUUCUUACAAAGUAUCGACAACGAUGGCUUGGGGAGACUGCAGAAGCCGGCAAUAUCGCAGAGGAGGUACUCUCCUCAAUUCGGACGGUGGUAGGACUGAACGCCCAGUCUGAGCUUGCCGCUCGACACGAUGAGAUUCUUGCCAGAGCUGAGCGGUGGGCCGUUAUGUCAAGACUUCUAACAGGUUCAGUACUUGGUGCUGUUUAUGCCGUCAUUUACAUGGCUAUUGGCUUGGGCUUCUGGAUGGGAUCGCGCUUCCUGGUGGCAGGUACGACUUCCUAUAUUGAUAUACUGACCAUCAUUCUUGCUACCGUGACUGGGAUUGCCUGCUUGGGUGGCAUAGUUCCUCCUCUGCAAGUCUUUGCUGUCGCUACAUCCGCUGGAUCGAGACUCUACAGUACCAUCGAUCGCAAACCACCGGGCGCUUCUGAUCCGUUACCUACCAAGACGCUAGAUACUGUAGUCGGUCGCAUUGAAUUUGUCAACGUAAAACACAUAUACCCUUCCAGGCCAGAUAUUACCGUCCUGCACAAUCUGAGUAUGGUAGUUGAACCUGGAAAGACCACUGCUAUUGUAGGGCCUUCUGGAUCCGGAAAAAGCACGAUUAUCGAGCUCAUCGAGCGCUUCUAUGACCCCAUCGCCGGUCAAGUCUUGCUUGAUGGACACAAGCUUGACAGUUUGAAUCUAAAUUGGCUAAGACAGCAUGUUUCCCUGGUGCAACAAUCGCCUACCCUGUUUGCUACAACAAUAUUCGAAAAUAUCCGACAUGGACUCGUGGGUACACCACACGAGGAUGCUUCUGGAGAGAAGAUACAUGGACUCGUUUAUGAUGCAGCUCGGAUAGCAAAUGCUCAUGAUUUCAUCAGUAAACUCCCAGAUGGCUACGACACUCUUGUAGGUGAAGCUGGUGUGCUACUUUCAGGCGGUCAGAAACAACGUAUCGCCAUUGCACGCGCCUUAGUCCGCGAUCCCAAGAUACUACUUCUCGAUGAGGCUACCUCCGCUUUAGACUCAACCAGCGAGGCUAUUGUUCAGGCUGCAAUCGACAAGGCUUCCCAAGGACGUACCACUGUAGUCGUUGCCCACCGGCUAUCUACUAUCAAGGCUGCAGACCACAUUGUUGUUUUGGCUGACGGUCGACUCGUCGAGCAGGGCACACAUCACGCUCUCCUGGAAAAUAACGGGACGUAUGCCAGUCUCGCCAAAACCCAAAUUAUCAACCUGGACAAGCAAAACUCUUCCGACAGGGAUGUUUCUUUGGAAGUUUCGAAUAGCCGGAUUGCAGUCGACCUAUCUGAAAAAGACAACGUCAUAACUCAGGAUCCGGAAAAGCAGACUUGUGACGAGACGCAAGUAAACGCAAACACUGCCAAGAGACUGGAAACACCAAACAAGGCGUAUCGUCUUCGAACUCUUUUCAAAUUUGUAUUAGGUUUCCACAAAGAUCACAAGCUACUGAUGCUCCAGGGCUUGCUCUGGUCAAUUCAAGCGGGAGCGGGUGCGCCUGUCCAAGCAGUCUUUCUCGCAAAAUGCCUCGUUGCCCUCGCACAAUCUCCAGGUAAUUAUGGACAGCUUCGCUCCGAGACCAAUUUGUGGGCCGGAAUGCAUGUACUCAUUGGUUUUGCGCAAUUGUUCGCCUACACUGCCCAAGCCUACACGCUUGGGAAGUGCACAGAAGCUCUUGUGCGGCAGGUCAGCAAUAAGAUCUUAAAAGCUCUCCUCGAUCAAAACAUGACGUUCUUCGAUAUGGAGGAGCAUGGAGUGGGCGCACUUGUAUCUUUCAUUUCUACUGAACCUUCUAGUGUUGCGGGCAUGGGAUGUUCGGUACUUGGAGCCCUUAUUAUGGCUUUUACUACUCUUAUUGCUGCUGUGGCAACUAGUAUCGCAGUUGGAUGGAAGCUGGGACUUGUGGGAGCGGCUACUGUACCCGUUCUUUUGAUUUGUGGCUUCUUUCGUUAUCGCAUCCUGGCUCAACUCGACGCCCACCUACGCAAAAGCUACCAGGAAACAGCCUCUCUAGCCGGCGAAGCUGUCACCGCCAUCCGCACUGUCAUGUCACUUAACAGACAGGAGCGAGUGACAGGCAAAUUCCACGAUCAACUUGCUGAACAGGAUAUGCGCAGCAUACGCUCAAGCUUGAAAUCGUCCGUUCUCUAUGCCUUUUCGCAAUCAGCUGGGAUGCUUUGCACUGCCCUUGGUCUCUGGUAUGGCGGGACUCUGGUCAUCAGUGGCGAGUACAAUCUGUUCCAGUUCAUCCUCAGUUUUGCAGCUAUCAAUAUUUGUGGUGAAGCGACAGGAUCCAUCUUCAGCAGCUCCCCUGAUCUAGCAAAAGCCAUCCAUUCGGCCGCGCGACUUAAGAGUUUGUUUGAACAAGAUCAAACGGGACAUUCGUCUUGUGAUACAGAGACGCAGCCAUUGCUGGAGGGCGAGGUUGACUUCCGAGGCGUGCAUUUUGCAUAUCCAACACGACCGGAGCGCCGUAUUCUAAAUGGUCUAGAUCUUAGUAUAGACAAGGGGAAAUAUAUAGCUUUGGUUGGAGGCAGCGGCUGCGGGAAGAGCACAGUAGUCGCCCUGGUAGAACGAUUUUACAGUCCACUUGCCGGUACCGUCAAGAUAGAUGGUAUCGACGUCGCAUCAAUGGACAUGAAGGCAGCUCGACAGCAAGUCGUCCUCGUCGACCAAGAACCCACCCUCUUCCAAGGCACCAUCCGGCAAAACCUCCUUCUCGGACUCGACCCCUCGCAAUACACCCAACAGGACCUCGAAGACGCCUGCAAAGGGGCGCACAUUCUAGAAUUCAUAGUUUCUCUCCCUAACGGCUUCGACACCCAGUGCGGUGGAAAAGGCAAUAACUUUUCCGGUGGUCAGAAACAGCGCCUUGCCAUCGCCAGAGCGCUGCUCCGGCGACCUAAGAUUCUGCUCCUGGACGAAGUCACAUCGGCCCUGGAUUCUGAGUCGCAACGUAUGGUGCAAACUGCCCUCGAUGAAGCGGCAAAAGAACGCACGACCAUUGCAAUUGCCCAUCGUUUGAGUGCGAUUCAGAAUGCGGAUUUGAUUUGUUAUUUGGAAAAUGGCAUCGUUGUGGAGGCGGGGACGCAUGCGGAGCUUAUACAGCGCAGGGGACGGUACUUUGCCAUGUCUAGUUUGCAGAGCUUGGAGGGGUGA